AUGAGAGAUUAUCGACACAUAGAAGUGAGAGAUGUGGUAGCAGUGCAACACUUCACCUUUGUGUUGACUGACUUGGAGGGAUGCCAACGCUUCGGCUUCUGUCGCCUCACCAGCAGCUCACACACCUGCCUCUGUAUGCUUAGCUACCUACCUUGGUUUGAAGUGUUUUACAAACUUCUGAACAACCUGGCUGACUAUCUGACCAAGGGACAGACCAAUGAGAUGCGAGAACUGCUGGCCGCCCUCUACACACAUCCCCUGCCAUUGGCUGUCGGCUCUGUCACUCUGCAGCUGGUCCCGUACUUCAUCGCUCCAGACCCCAGAGGGCUCCCUUCCAUCCCUGAGAGUAGGAACCUGACAGAGUUGGUGGUAGCAGUAGAUGUGUCUAACCUCCUCCAGCUCUAUGCCAGCAUGUUGUUUGAGAGACGUAUCCUCAUCCUCUCCAGCAAACUCAGCACAUUGACAGCGUGUGUUCAUGCCCUCAGUGCUGUGCUCUACCCCAUGUACUGGCAACACAUCUUCAUACCUGUCCUGCCCCCCCACCUACUGGACUACUGCUGUGCUCCGAUGCCCUUCCUCAUAGGAGUCCACUCCAGUCUGACAGAGAGAGUGAGAAGCCGGGGGUUAGAGGAGGUGGUGAUUCUGAAUGUAGACACCAACACUAUAGAGUCUCCCUUCGAUGACCUGAAGAAGAUACCAGCAGAUGUGGUAUCAGGUCUGAAGUUGUCUCUGAAACGUCAGGCAGCGUCAGCAGGUGUGGGCGUGGCCAAGGCCUUCCUCAGGGCUCAGGCUCUGCUGUUUGGAGGAUAUGGAGACGCUCUGAAGGGAAACACGAAUGGUCAGGUCAUGUUCUGUGAGGAAGUGUUCCUGGACCACAGGUCUCCCAGUAUGAGACAGUUCCUACAGAGUGCUGUCCAUCUGCAGCUCUUCAAACAGUUUAUUGAUGGACGUCUGGAGCUGCUGAACAGAGGGAUGGAGCCAGACGACCUGUUUGAACAAGAGAUGCUACAGUGUGGAACAGCAGAAGCAGGAAGCACCAAAGCCUAUCAUCAACUGGUGGGCAACCUGAAGAAAGGGGGAGGAGCUCUCAUCCUUAACGUCAAGUCUAAGACUCACAUGUACAAGUCGGCCAAACGUGGCUUGAGGAACUUUCUAUCACCCAAGGAGCAGGUUGAGAUUCUGUCCCUUAAGAGAGGCAACUCCGUGUCCGGAACACACACACACCGCCGCAAACAAUCAGACUGCCUUCAGAGCCGUUUACCAAUCACACAACACUUUGGGAAGUCUCGUCCCCGUCGUCCAGUUAACAAACAAGGCUGUCUCCUUGACGACGAGAACACACAAGAGAACAGAGACACCUGGGAAGAAGACUGGCAGGACAGUGCUGUCUCAGGCCCCGUGGCAGACCCAGAGCUCCAGGAGGAGGAGGGGGGAGACUCAGGUAUGUGUGACCCAGAAGAGAUGGACCUCCUGGGGGAGAUCUUUGACACGCUGAGUGCCCGGAGCUCCCAUGACCGCGGCCUGCUCUACGGGACACGAAGUCUAGACCUGUUUGGACCUGAUACUACUGACUACAUCAGACAGAGGGGCCUGGCCACUCCCAGUCAGGAGAGUCUAGGCGUGUCCAUCGGUGGGAGUGGCAGUCUGCACAGCUGGAACCAGGAGGAGGGGCUACAUUACAUGGGGGAGGGGCCAGAACAGACAGAUGAUUCUGAUUGCCUAGGAGAGGGACAGGCGUUGUCAGAGGAAGCAUCAGAAACACCUCAAGGAAGAAGA